AUGUCCGGCGUUUGGCUCUUCAACAAGAACGGCGUGGCUCGCCUCAUCCCGAACCCGACGCGGGAAUCCUUCGAGCGGAGGGAGCCGCACCACCCGGGCACCGCGACGGCCCCCGGCGCCCGCCCCCGGUUCCUGGUCUACGUCCCCGCCAACCACGUGAUCAGGUCCCACGCCGAGCUCGAGCGGCGGCUCGGCGAGCUCGGCUGGACCCGCUACCACGACGCGGCCGCCGCGAAGCCCGACCUGAUCCAAUUCCACAAGUCCGACCGCUCGGCCCACCUUAUCUCUCUCCCUAGAGACUUCGCCAACCUCAAGACCCUCCACAUGUAUGACAUCGUCGUCAAGAACCGAUCCUUCUUCGAAGUCCGUGACCCCGCGAAUGUCGAGCCAUCCGUUUAG